AUGACAGGUCUACAGCAUGGCAGAUCAACUACACGUCAGAUCGGGGCUGCAAAGACCCUAACCGCCCCCAACGGGCCGCCGCUGCAGGUGCAGUCGGCAAAGAGCGGUGACCUCGAAAACUUGCCCCUGAUCUGCAUAAUAGUCGGCACAUCCGAUCUGGCGCCUCCUCCUGCAAGGACGUGGCAGAGCAUCGCCGCCGUUACAUAUCUCCACCUCCAAGGCUGA